AUGGCCGUCGUGCAGGACGCAAUGGCUGCAGAGAAGUCACCUCACAAGCCUGGCGAAGUCCCGGCGUCCGACUCGCUCCUCUCGUCCCUUCCUCCGCCGCAACCCUUCGCCGUCGUCGUUCGUGACCUCGCCAUCGUCGCACCGCCCGCUCAGUGGUCUUUGCCGCUCGCGAUACCCAUCACCGUCCCUCGCUUCGUCCAGCGACGACUGCAGAAGGCCGAGGCGCUCGAGGGGAAGGAGUUGUUGCGAAACGUGAACUCGGACAUCGCGGCGGGUGAAGUGCUGGCUAUCAUCGGCGGGAGCGGCAGCGGCAAGACCACGCUCUUGAACGCCAUCGCAGGGCGCGCGACCGGCCUCGAGACGUCUAGCGGCGCGAUCGAGGUCGUGCCCCUCGCACGCUCUUCGUCCUACGCCUCGUCCGACACGCUCGCGACUACUCAGCCAUUGAGCGUCAAAGCCGCCAAAAAGGUCAUCGGAUAUGUCCGACAAGACGACUUCCUCCUUCCCUUCCUCACUGUCCGCGAAACACUUGCCUUUGCCGCUGCUUUGCGGUUACCCAAGACUGUUCCGGCAGAGACUCGCUCUGCGAUCGUCGAGCAGACUAUCACGGAGCUGGGACUGGCGGACGCGGCGAGUGUUAUUGUUGGAGGACCCUUCCGCAAGGGCAUCUCAGGCGGCGAACGGCGACGACUCACGAUCGGUUGUACGCUCGUCCAGCUGCCGAGCGUCCUCGUCCUGGACGAGCCAACAACAGGACUCGACAGCUUCACCGCCUUUCGCCUUCUCGAGACGCUGCGAAGUCUCGCUCGUCGAGGGAGGGCCGUCAUCGUCACCCUCCACGGUCCCCGCUCCGACGCCUUCCCCAUCUUCGACAAGCUCCUCCUCCUCUCGCGCGGCAGUCCCGUAUACAGCGGUCCAGGACGCGACAUCCUCCCUCACUUCGACUCACUCGGAUACCCAGCUCCUGAACACACGAACCCGCUCGACUUUGUCAUCGACUUGAGCAGCAUUGACAACCGUACAGACGACGCGGAGGAGUCGUCCAAGGAGCGUGUUGGUGCUCUCGUCUCGGCAUGGCGGCGGAAAGAGGCGUCGACCGGUUCUUCGCCUCGGCCGCAGGCGGCGUCGAACGGUCCCACGCCUGGACGGCAGGCCAAAACCGCUACACCAGGCCGAGACGUCGAGAAGGCUGCGCGCAUGCCAGGCGACGGCGCAGACGACGCACAGCAGGAGCUUAAGCGAGCGAACCUGGUCAAGCAGACGGCGCUCCUUACCCGGCGCGGCUUGCGAAAUGUCUUCCGCAACUACGGCCAGCUGGUUGGAUUCGCUGUGCAGGCGAUCAUCAUCGGCGUCGUCGUCGGUCUCGUCUUCCUCAACCCGCCUGAGACCCCCAGCGGCGUCCAGUCGCUCAAGACCGUCGUGUACUUUUCGACGCCCGCCAUGUACUAUCUCUCCAUCAUCCUCGCCGUCUUCAUCCUCUGCGGCGAACUCGUCGUCUUUGACCGCGAACGGGAGGACAACAUGUACAAGACGGUUCCCUGGGUCGUCUCCGUCUUCCUCAGCUACCUACCCGCCAACGUCGUCUUCCCCACGAUCUACGCCAUCAUCGUCUACUUCAUGACCGGCUUCCGAAGAGACGACCUCGCCAAGAAUCUGCUGUCGUUCAUCGCGCAGUGCAUCAUGCAGCAAGUUGCAGCGUGGUCCUACGCCCUCCUUUGCUGCGCGAUCAACCGGUCGUUCGCCCAAGCUUCCCUCCUUGCGAACGGGUUCUCCAUUCCAAUGCUCCUCUCCUCCGGCUACCUCAUCACGAACCUCGGCGCCUGGAUCGCGUGGACUCGCUGGCUGAGCCCCUACUUCUACGGCUUCCACUGGAUCGCCCUCCUCCAGUUCCGAGGCCGCGCAUUCGCAUGCGAAGGUGUCACAGGGCCUGCGCGCAAUCAGUGCGAGGGUAUCAACGUCCUGCGAGGGAUGCGAUUCGAUCUCGAUACCCCGCUCUACGUCUACCCUCUCGGCUUGCUCGGCUUCAUCAUCGUCACCUUCGUACUAGCGACUAUCAUCCUCGCCUCCUACCACCCAGGCGGGGUCAAGCACGUCACCCAGCACGCCCCCUCGAAGCGGUCGGACUCGCACGACUCGAAGACGAAGGGCGAGUUUGCCGACCUCAUCAAGACGAAGUCGAAGCGCUCGGUUGACGUCGCCGUCAACGACUUGCGACUGGUCGUCUCGCGGCGGAACCUGGGACGGAGGGGUGGGAACGACGAGAAGGUCAUCCUGGAGAAUGCCAACGCUUCGUUUCCUGCUGGGCAGGUCAGCGUCAUCAUGGGGCCUUCAGGAGCCGGCAAGUCCUCGCUCCUGCAAAUGCUCGCAGGUCGACUCUCGUCGGGCCCGAUGUCGGCGUUCCGUUCGGAAGGCUCGAUCACGCUGAACAACCAGGAGUUCGACUCGUCACUCGCGUCGCUGGAAGACUCGCAUCACCUUCCCGCCCUAACCGUUCGCGAAACCCUUCGUUACGCUGCUCGACUGCGCCUGAAGGACCGAAGCGUCGCCGCAUGCGAUGCGCGAGCUGAAGAAGUCCUCCGCCUGCUCGGCCUGGCAACUUGUGCCGACACGCUUGUUGGCGGGCCGCUCGUCAAGGGGAUCAGUGGUGGAGAGAAGCGGCGUCUGUCGCUUGCGGUACAGCUGUUGUCGGAUCCGGCGGUCUUGUAUGCGGACGAGCCAACUUCAGGCCUCGAUGCCUUCACCGCUCAGAACGUCAUGCAGACGCUGCGCGACCUCGCUUCGGACGGGCGCACGAUCGUCGUCUCGGUCCACCAGCCACGUUCCGACAUCUGGGCGCUCUUCGACAACGUCGUCUUGCUCGCCAAAGGAGGUCGAACGGCUUUCUCGGGUCCCGCAACCGAGAUCCUGCCGUUCUUCGAGUCGGCUGGCGAGACUUGUCCGCCAAACUUCAACCCCGCCGAUUUCAUCAUCGACGCCGUCUCGCUUGACCACCGCUCGGAGGAAGCCGAGGCCGCGACGAAGCAACGCGUCGCCCGCGUUGUCGACACCUGGGCUCAGCGGCAGAAAGCCGACCUGGAGAAGCGCAACUCGGGCUCGACGCUUGCCUCGCCUUCGCACGUUGGCGACAAGCGCCCUCUCGGCUCCGCCAAGCUCAAGAAGACGCCUUUCGCACGAGCAUUCCCGGUCGUCCUCGCGAGGAGCUUCAAGAACCUCCGUCGUCAGCCGGACGUCUUCGUCGCCCGCCUGUCGAACCCGCCAUUCAUGGCGCUCCUGUUCUGGAUCUACUUUGCCCGACUCGGCUUCGGGCCGUCGAGCUCGCAAGACCGCAUCGGGUUGCUGCAGGAAACGACGGCACUUCCGUUCGUUGGCAUGCUGGCAUGCAUCGCUAUCUUCCCGAGCGAGAUGAACCUUUACCGCCACGAGUUUAUGAGCAGCGCGAGGUACGGCGUCACGACGUUCUUGAGCGUCUACACGAUCCAAGAGACGAUCACCUCCGCUAUCAGCUCGUUCCUCUUCUCGGUCAUCUUCACCUUCGGCAUGAACCUCCAGUACUCGCCCGCCCGCAAGUUCUUCGAGUUCUGGUUUUCCUCAUGGGCGCUCAUCUCGACCGGCGAGUCUGUCGGGAUCAUUUUCUCGGCGUACACCUCGAACGGCGGGCUGGCGACGUCGCUCGUCUCGGCCGCUUUGACGCUGCUGGCUCAGCUGAAUGGCAUCAUCUCGGUGACGAUGCCGUACUUUCUCGUUGUGAUUGGCUGGAUCUCGCCCAUGCGACCACAAGCCGAGCUUCAGAUCAUCAACGAGAUGACCGGGCUGCGCUUCAACUGUUCGCCAAGCGAGAUCGCCUCGGGCGCAUGUAUCGCGACGACAGGCGAACAGGUGCUGGACACGUUUGGGCUGCCUCACGGGGGGACGGGCAAGUACAUAGGGAUCCUUGCGGCUCUCGUCGUCCUCUGGCGCCUCGCUGCUUUCGCCGGCCUGCACGGGCGCGUCAGGUUCAUGUAG